UCCGAACGUAACACUAUUUUUUUGUCCGAGCCUAUUAUCACUAUAAAAACGUAACACUAUGUCUUCUGAAACCAGUACACCUUAUACUCCAGCUUCCACCUCUACUACUGUUGCUGGAAAUGAGACUGUCUCGUUGGCGGACGAAAUUAAAAAAUAUGAUACGGCCAAGCUUAUAGAUUUCUUGCGUGGGGAAAAGGACUUACUUCUUAACGAUGCUCAUUUCGAAAUUUUGCGCAAACGAGAAAUAGUCGGUCGAGCUUUCCUCAACAUGGACAAACAAGAUUUCAGAGAUAGUGGGUUUGAAAUAGGAACAGCCAUAGUACUUGCGGACUUCGCUAAGGAGUGUAAGGAGAAAAAGAAGCGUGCGUUUUCCUCAUACCGCAGUUUGGAGGAAGUGUUAGAAAAAUACGGCAUUAAGAGUAGUAGUAUAACGAGCAUCCCCCAGUUCACACCAGAGAUUAAGCUCUGCAUUGAUGACAUUCUUCGUAGGAUAAAAAACAUGGGGCCAGUCGUAGAUAGAUUGGUAAUCUUACCUCAGAUGAAUGUAUCUGGUGAAGAAAGUUCCGGCCGUGUAGAUUAUGCGAUCAAGAAAAUACUGGAUGAUUUGCUCGAAGAAAUAAUAUGCAUAACCGAAGGAAAGCAAAACCAGCCAGGGAAAGGAGUGGCUCAGAACCUUAUGCAAUGUCGAAGUUCGUGCGAAAUGAACUUAGAUACGCUCAAGAAAAAGCGUACGGCUGAUGAAGCAUUCGAGGAGUAUGAAUAUGUCUAUGGUAUCGUCACAACAGCCACGGACUGGUAUUUCAUUCUACAUAGCACCGAGGCUAUCUAUUGUACGAGCAAGACUGAGUAUCGCAUCUCUCUGACUGAAGACGCACUCAAGGACUCAACCGACUUGCGCAAGAAUGUGAAGAGGAUUUUAGGGGUUAUAGUGGGCUUGUUAAGAGAUAGGGUAUCAGCUAGUGAGGAACCCGCAAAUAAGAAGCGCCGUGUAGAAGAAAUAAUCAAGAAAAAAUAAUCAUGUAUAUUAGAUAGACAUCAUGUAUCACGGGCUACGUCCCGAACAUUUGUAUUUAUUU